CUGAAAAGACGGAGCCGUUCAUGGAAGAUUUAGGCGGAUGUUAAUAAUUUGAUAAAAAGGGGUCUGUACCCUUUAGAUACAGAAAUAGAAUUUCUGCCAUAUUACUUCUUCAUUUAUAUGAUUUUACGUUUUAUAGUACUGAUAACGACUUCGAAAUUUAUUUGAUUAAAUAUUUACUGAUAUUCGAGAGACUUAAAGGUUGGCGUUGGAAUCUCUUAGCCUUGAAGAACUAGUCUUUAUCUUCGCUUCUAUUUUUAGAUAAAUCUGAACUAGUCACAAUUCGCGAUCAACUUUUUUCCCGCUCCUCUUCGCGUUGCCAUAUUGCCGCUGCCUAUCUGUUCGCCGAUAUCUGGGACACGAUAUCCAGGAUGACGUCCCUCUUCGCGGUGGAUUCCCCCGGACUGCCACAGACCUCAGGAUCACACGGAGGUGACACGAGUUGUAACCGUCGCCGUGGUAGUGGGGGAUAUCUCCGGCGACAAAACCACCUGAGCUGGGCGGAGCCAUCUUCACUCGGUGUUGAGUUCCUGAAGCAACAGGUGUCUCCAGUCAGCUGUUCUUAUCUCCAUGGGACCAAUGUGCUAUCACCAAUGGGACCUGCAGAUGCGCUAGUGGAGAAGCUGAGUUGGUUCUUGUAAACCACGUUAGCAAUCCUUUGCUGGGGAAUGCCCAGUUGCAGGACUCGUUGCAUCCUGAUCUUCUAUUCUUCAGCUUCGUGGCUUCCAAUUAACAGAUUUUAUAACUGACGAUGUCUCUGAAGGUGUCUUGCUAUGCUGAAAGAUAUAAAAUCUUUAGUAAAGGUAAAAAUCAUUAGUCAGAGAAUAAACCUCUGUUUCUCUUUUUUAUUUUUAUCUUAAUAUGCUGAAAGAAAUUUUCUUUCAUGUUUUCCUAUCAUGCAUUUUUUAACUAGAUGAAUAUUUUUGCUUUGGAAAUACCAAAGUUAUACCUGAAGAAAUAUAAUUAUUCUUAAAAGUCUGUUAGUUUUUUGGUUAUAAAAUAAAAAAAAGUGUAAUCGUUACGAAUAUUUUAAUUCAGAUGUUUUAUUUUUAUCUUCAUGUCUAAAUCCACACUUGUCAUUAAUUUGACCAUAAGAAGACGAGCUGUUGUGAAUUUGGAAAAUUUCAUGUUAAGUGUGAGGAAUAGUACCCAGCAGGACCUCUUCCAAUUUUUUCUUCCUUAAUUCAGAAAAGGAGAUCCCUCAUCCAGCUCUUUCUCGGUCGCCUCCUGCUGAGCAUGACAAUUGUGGCCAUGUCGUUUAUAAGUUUAUUGUUGUGUCUUAGUACUUUCAUAUGAAAUCGGGAGUAAAGAAUAUGUAUGUGUUGAUUGACAGCUGGUUUGACUUAACUUAAUUGCAUACUAUUUAUUUUUUUUCUGUUUUAUUGAUGAUCCACAUAAUAUUAUAUAUAUUCAAACUACAUUUCCUUAAUUAGUAAAUAGCUGUAUUAUCUUAAUAUCAUAGACUUUUAGUGGUAUGUUUCUCAUCUUCAGAACAAUUUUUUUGCAUUUCCAUAUUUUAUUAUAUUUAAAUUAUUACUACCAUACAAUUUUUUUUUAUAUCUAAAUACAUUAUAUUAAGUUAAUUUAAUUUAUGCUUAAGUUUAUAUUUAUACUCCUUUUGUCAUUUUAAUAAAUUAAAUUGUGAUAUUAUAAUAAAAUUCUAGGAGUCCAUCUAUUAGUUCUGCCCUAUGUCAAGGUCCAGAGGUAACUAAACAUUAUUCAUCCAAUUAAUUUUAGUUUAGAAGGAAAUAAUUAUGAAGACACCAAGUUACAGCGAAUGGGCACGCGCUAUCAAGAGAGCUAUCCGUCGACAGUAUAAGUAGCCACACUGUCAUGGAGUUGCUCUCUUUAUUGGCGUGCUCAACCUCUGCAGCGAUUCUACAGCAACGGACUAGAAGGCAAUGCAAUGAAGACUUUUUAUAUAAUUAUUAGAGUAUGGUUUAUCCAUAUUUUGUAUUAUAAAUAAAUAUUUCAAUAAUUUCUUUAUGUAAUUAUGUUUUUAAAAAUUAUGAAUUAAAGUGAAUUUUAAUUAUCUGU